UGUUUCAGGGUCAGAAAUGGAGGAAAAUGACAAAUUUUUGGAGCUGGACAUUUUUGUUUCUGAAAAUGCAAUUGAAGAGGGUGCUAUUGAGUUGAUGAAAAGUGUCAGACCAGAAUGGAAAGCUGGAGACAUAAAGUUCAAGGUAUUUACUGAAGGUAUCACAAACAAGCUUAUUGGAUGCUAUAAAGGGAGCAAAGAAGAUAUGGUGCUCGUAAGGGUUUAUGGCAAUAAGACAGAUCUGAUCAUAGAUAGGGAGGCUGAGCUGAGAAACAUGCUUGUCCUACACAGUGAAGGGUGUGCUCCACCACCAUACGCCAAGUUCAAUAAUGGAUUGUGUUACGCCUUUGUUCAUGGGAUCUGCCUUGAUGAGAAAACAGUCAGAGAAGAAAAAAUAGGCAGAUUAGUUGCAGAGGAGAUGGCAAAAAUACACGAUAUUCAAGAAUCUUCACGUUCUGCUAAGCAAUCCAAGAUAGAAAGAGAACCAAUGCUCUUUAAGAAGAUUAAAACAUUUUUGAAUCUUGUUCCUGAAGAGUUUCAAAACCCAGAGAAAAAUGAAAGAUAUAAGAAAGGAGUAAAGAAUAGAAAAGACUUGGAGAGGGAACUUGAGGAGUUGAAGGAACAUUUAGAAACAAUCAAUUCUCCCGUGGUUCUAUGUCACAAUGACUUAUUGCUACAGAAUAUUGUAUAUAAUGAAGAAAUAGAAAAAAUCACCUUCAUAGAUUAUGAGUAUGGUUUCUAUAACUACCAGGCCUAUGAUAUAGCAAACCACUUCAACGAAUUUGCAGGUGUUGAGACAGUUGACUACACUCUCUACCCAGACAAAGAGCUACAAUAUCGCUGGUUACGUGACUACCUCUCAGCCUGGUACUCUCUGCAGGGGCUCAACAAAAUACCAACUGAGAGAGAUAUAGAGAUACUUUAUGUUGAAGUCAACAAGUAUUCUCUGGCUUCUCACUUCUUUUGGGGAGUAUGGGCCUUGAUACAAGCAAGGUUCUCAGAUAUAGAUUUCGACUUCCUGGGCUAUGCAAUGCAGAGACUCAAUGAAUUCCACAGUCAGAAAGAGGAGAGAUUCGCUUUAACAAUGCCAGAAUAA